UGCCGAACCGGAAGUGACUGCCGUUGACCCAGAUCGGCUUCCGUCGGGAUGUUGGAAGAAUCGUGACUUUGGUGCUUAAUAUUUUUCUACUCUCUUGGAAGCCAAACCGCGACUGUAACUGUUUUGAUACCGUCUUUACUGAAGCACACGGAGUGGGCGGGAGCUGCUUGAUGUGACCCUGGCAGCCGUCCACCAUGAGUAACAGCCACCCUCUGCGUCCACUGGCCUCCGUGUCGGAGAUCGACCACAUCCACCUGCUGUCGGAGCAGCUGGGAGCCCUGGUGCUUGGCGAGGAGUACAGCGAUGUCACCUUCAUCGUGGAGGGGAAGCGCUUCCCAGCUCACCGGGUCAUCCUGGCAGCUCGCUGUCACUACUUCAGGGCCCUUUUGUAUGGCGGGAUGAAGGAGUCCCAGCCCCAGGCGGAGGUCUGUCUGGAGGAGACGCGGGCCGAAGCCUUCUCCAUGCUGCUAAACUACCUGUAUACGGGCCGGGCCAGCCUCAGCUCUGCCCGGGAAGAGGUGCUACUGGACUUCCUGGGUCUGGCUCACCGUUAUGGCCUCCAGCCGUUGGAGGACUCCACCUCCGAGUUCCUCCGCACCAUCCUGCACACCAACAAUGUCUGCCUGGUUUUUGACGUGGCCAGUCUCUACUCUCUGAGCACGCUCAGUGCAGCCUGCUGUGCCUAUAUGGAUAGACACGCGCCUGAAGUGUUGAACUCUGACGGUUUCCUCAUGCUCUCCAAGACUGCUCUGCUGACCGUGGUCAGGCGGGACUCGUUUGCUGCCAGUGAGAAGGAGAUCUUUCAGGCCUUGUGCCGCUGGUGCCGGCAGCACGGGGAAGGUGCCGAAACCCAGGAGGUGAUGGCGGCGGUGAGGCUGCCGCUCAUGACGCUGACGGAGAUGCUGAACGUCGUGCGACCGUCCGGCCUUCUGAGCCCAGACGACCUGCUGGACGCCAUCAAGAUGCGUUCUGAGAGCCGAAACAUGGACCUCAACUACCGGGGCAUGCUCAUCCCGGAGGAGAACAUCGCCACCAUGAAGUACGGAGCUCAGGUGGUAAAAGGGGAGCUGAAGUCGGCGCUGCUGGACGGAGACACCCAGAACUACGACCUGGACCACGGCUUCUCCAGACAUCCCAUCGAGGAGGACGGCCGGGCGGGGAUCCAGGUCAAACUGGGCCAGUCGUCCAUCAUCAACCACAUCCGUCUCCUGCUGUGGGACAGAGACAGCCGGUCGUACUCCUACUACAUCGAGGUGUCCAUGGACGAGCUGGACUGGGUUCGUGUCGUGGAUCAUUCGAAGUUCCUCUGCCGCUCUUGGCAGAACCUCUACUUCACACCGCGGGUUUGCAGGUACGUUCGCAUCGUGGGGACACACAACACGGUAAACAAGGUCUUCCACCUCGUGGCCUUUGAAUGCAUGUUUACCAACCGCUCGUACACCCUGGAGAACGGACUUCUGGUUCCCGGUGAGAACGUGGCGACCGUGGCGUCGUGCGCCAGUGUCAUCGAGGGUGUCAGCCGGAGCAGAAACGCUUUGCUCAACGGCGACACGCGCAACUACGACUGGGACUCCGGCUACACCUGCCAUCAGCUGGGCUCCGGGGCCAUCGUCAUCCAGCUGGCUCAGCCCUACUCCAUCGGAUCCUUAAGGCUGCUGCUGUGGGACUGUGACGAACGCUCCUACAGUUACUACAUCGAAGUCUCCACCAAUCAGCAGCAGUGGACGAAGGUGGUCGAUCGCACCAGGGUGGCCUGUCGAUCGUGGCAGACGUUGAAGUUUGAUAAGCAGCCAGCCUCCUUCAUACGGAUCGUGGGGACUCAUAACACUGCUAAUGAGGUGUUCCACUGUGUUCACUUCGAGUGUCCGGCCCAGCUGGACACGGAGGUUAACGAAGGCACCCCGGGCCUCGACUCCUCCGAUUCCGGGGCCGCCACCCAGCAGCCGCGACCUCAGCGACCUUCGCGCACACACAGCCUGCUGCCCUCCCAGUCCUCUCCCCCCUCAUCCUCUUCCUCAUAGUCACAUCAUUAAGAACCCCUCGCCGCCCCCCUUGUCGGAAGGUGUAGAGAGGAAGGGAGACCUCAGAAUGCCAUUUUGCACAGCCUUCAUUAUUCAGACUGCACUGCUUCAACGCUGCUAAAGGCGAUCGUCUCAUUGUCAUAAACCAUGAUCCUUCUGUCAUAAGUGCAACAUUAGAGACUGGUAUAUCUGUAACAGCAGCAUUUAAGACUCCAGUCUUCCCAGUUUUGAGACUGAAAGUUAGGUAUUACAUCCACUGGCUCAUACAUUUCUUUUUUUUUUUUUUUUUUUUUUUUUUCUUGUGAAGGUACUUUUUAGCUACUAAGACUCAAGUUUUAUCCCUUCAAAACCCCGAGUCAUCAAGGUGGAAUCUUUACUUCUCCAAAGAUGAGGCACACACACUGAAAUGUGGUUAUACUGGACCACCAAAGAGCAGUAAGACCAGCAGGGUGGUGGUGGUGGUGGUAGUGGUGGGGGGGGGGGGAUUCCUAUCUGAAUUUUACCAGUUAAUAUUUCCAAAAAAAAAGCUGGAUUUUAUCCUUAAACAAGCUAUUUUUUUAAGAAACUGUCUUAAAAUGACUCUACUCACUUUUCAUACCAUCGAGCUAGCAGAGUAGCAGUCAAGUAUUUUUCAAAGUUUGGAAUUCAAUUUCUUCAAAGGUUCUUGCCAAAGCUGUGGAGCUAAUGCAUUCUGUGACAUUUGUAUGCAAAUAGCACUUAAUCCAAUUAUGCAUUUGCAUAUUGAAUAAUAGCUGUUGAGUAUUUGUCGACAGGCUUUCACACCUGAAACCAAAACCUGUAAAACCUGUGGUCCUCAUCUGGUGUGACUUUUUUUUUUUUUUUUUUUUGAUAGUUAAAAUUCAUACCUCAAGAAAAAAAACUUUGCUAAAAACUAAACUUAGAUUGAAUUAAUUUAGUAUUUUAAGCACUUGAAUAGCUUAGCACAGAUGAAUGAUGGGGGUGGGGGGGGGUCAAUUAGGCUGACAGACUCGGACCAAAUCAUGUAUGCACUCAGGCUGCGAGAAGAAAGUUUCUAGUACACGAGCAGCUGCUAUCGGCACUUUAUUUUACUCAAGUAUACAGAAAUAAAGGUUGCAGCUUGGGUCUUCUGACUGAAGUACAGUACUGGAGUGCUGGAUGUGGUUUUCUUUGUAUGUUAAAUUAAUUUAAACAGUUCCUCUCUCUCGGAUCUGUCAGGUUUGAGCUGUCUUUUGUGUGUUUUUUUUUUUUUUUUUGGAGGUUUGUUUUUAAGUUAAGCUAUCAGUGCUGUGGUUCCUGUUUUUGAUUCCUUUGUGUCCUGAUGUUGCACUUUGUCUUUAAAAAAAAAACAAAAAAACUUUUUUUUUUUUUUUUUUUUGGAAACCUUUUCUUCGAUGUUGAAUAACCUGAAAUACCUAAUGACCCUGAGUGACCCACUGAUGUUUCUACAAGCCUUCGUUAGUCAUCCUCAUCUACAUUUUUAGAAGAUUACCUGUUAGUUGGAUGAAGUCUUCCGUAAUAACUAACCAGAGAACUGAAAUAGGGCUUUGUUCAGGUUACAUAGUAAUGUAGAGAACACACUCCCAUCUAACUUUGUGUAUGUGUAUAGUUUUUCUUAAUAUAUAUAUUAGUUUUGACCAUUGUUGUGUGAUUUGCAUUUCACUGCCUCUUGUUCAAUACAUUGCCUGUCAAAAAUGUGAUUAUGAAAACAACUGAUAUUGUUUAUUAAUGUUCAUUGCUGUGAGGGGUCACACCCGUGUGCUUGACUGUAUCGCUGCUGUUCAAAAACACACAGUGGAGAUCUUUGAUACAAGCAAUACAGUGAUCUCAUCUUCUGUAA